CGUCUCAGGUCCGCCAUGUUUUUCCCCCCUCUUUUACCCCUCCUCCACAGUGACCCGCCCGCCCGCCUCGCUCCUCCGUCUCCGCUCGCUCCUCUGCGCUCAGACGUUGCGGUGAAGUUCGGAUCCAACAGCGGCUUUUUGGGGGGAGAAAUUCGAGAGAAAAUGGAUUCAAUGACCCAGUCCGCCCAGAUAUCGUCGUCGCAAGGUUUUGCCGAUGGACAAAAUUCUGCUGCCAAGGAAUCAAAGCUGUCCGAUUCCUUUCUUUCCACUUCGCCUGUAUCUCUCAUUCAGUCUCCUCAAGACAAGAAAGUGGUUGUGGGCACUGACAAGCCCUCUGAAAGUGUAACUACUUCUCUACGCUUUCCGUCUCAACCUGGUUCAUUCUCUGCUAGUAGUUAUGGGAGUGAAGCAGUAGAAGGUCAACCGGAUUCUCCAAUAAAGACAUCUCCUGUUUCGGAGCGAAUAAAAGCUCUAGAAGCUCUUGCUGCCAAAAAGAGAGAGCCUGAAUAUAGGGACUUUAGGGACCGCCAUCACGAAAAGUCUUCCUCUGACGUCCCCAAACUACCCCCCAGUGUCACAAAGCCUACCAUUGACAUCUCAAAACCUUCUGCUAAUAUCCCCAAACCUUCUGUGGAUAAGUCCAAACCUCCCACUGACAUUCCAAAGCUGUCUUUUGAUACCCCAAGACCUACCAUGGAUAUUUCAAAACCCCCCUCUGACCUCCCAAAACUUCCAGCUGAUGGUCCAGUGUGUUCCACUCAAAAGGUUGGACCGGGAGUUUGUAAAAUGGAAGGUUAUCCUGCUGAGGAGUCACCAGAGUCUCCGUUUGAAGUACUUGGAGAAUUGAGACAAGGCAGUGAAUAUGAAGAAACUGAAGAGUGGAUGAAGGCUCAUUUACCUCCAGUGCUGGACAUUGAUGCUGCUGAAUCAAAUAAAAGCACCAGCAGUGUCCUACUCAAGGAUCCUAACCAUUAUCCAGAGGCCCCCGCUGCUUUUGCUAGUGUCCCCGAUGCUUUCAUGGAUUCUCCUGUCAAGUCUCCAAAACUGGGGAAUGAGUUGAUUGAAUCGCAGAAGCAACCUGAAUCAGAGGAAGAGUUUGACAUUAGCUUUUUACCAGUAGCUUACAUGUGCGGUCAGCAAGAAAAAGCAAAUGUCCAGGAUUCAUCAAAUGUGGAGUCAGUGACUCUUCCUUCAGAUGCAGCUCCUGCAGGCUUGGACUCCCCAUCUCCCUCUGUGCCCCCUUCUGAUUCACACUCCGAUGCUGAACAGAAGGCUGUUGAUGAAAAGGAUACCUCUUGGGGGGAAGAUUUGGAUCGCCCAGUUCUGAGCGAAGCAGAUAGCUCAGGAGAAUCUGAGGAUACUGUCAUUGAAGAAGGCGUUGGUGCUCCUGACUCUGCUCUCCAACAGUCUGUGAACCCACCAGAUUUAAAUGAUCCCCCCACAGCCUCUGAUCUUUGCAGCAGUGAAAAGGUGGUCCCUCCACCAAAGUCUGAAAGGAAACUCAUGCAAGUUCCAACAAUAAAUGUUAUUGAGACAGAUGAGCCAAAUUACAGCGACGAAGAGAUGGAAAAUGAACCUCAGUUGACAGAUGACGACGACCUCGAGAUUAUAGAUGACUCAAACAAUCCAAGAGCAUCAGAACCAGAGCCACAAAGCCAAGAUGUGGGACCACCCAAAACCCGACCCUUGGAAACUGAAUUUAUUGAAGGCUAUUCGCCUCCAUCCUCACCUGUGGACUCUGAUGCUGAAUAUUCCCCCAAGCAUAAUCUGCCUGAAUCUAUUUCUGAGGGGGACCCUCAGCAGUCUGUGUUUAAAUCUGAAGUUCAAGCUGAGGCGUUGGAGAAGGCGUUGGCUGGAGAACGAGCGCAAACUGAGAAAUCAGAGAGCAUGUCAAACACGGUGCAAAAUGCAGUCAUGCAUGAUGAUGUUGAUUUCCCCGACAACAAUGAUGAAUGGUCAGAUGAAGGUCAGGACAGUGACCUAAAGCUUAGAGAGGAAAGUCUCUCAUCGCAGGGAUCAGCUUUUCUCAACCAAUUCAAAGUGGAUGAACAAAGCGGUACACUGGGACCAGAGCCUUGCAAGGAAAGAGCUGAUGUUUCCAUGACCAGCUUUAUGCAGGAUGAUAUUUAUGACAGACAGUCGUUUGAUUAUGAAAAUGAUGAGCCAUCACCCUUGGAUUACAGUGAUGGUAAAGAGCUUGAUAAAGUCAAAAAGCAGGUUCUUUUGGAUCCUGCACAAGAAGUUGAAGAAGAAAUGCCAGAUCUGGAGAGCGACGCUUCAUUUAACGAUGAUGAAGUCCUCAAUAAUCCCGCUGAUCAUGCAUCUCUGGAUGAGUAUCCUCAAAACCCCUAUUCCUGUUUUCACAAUCAGACACUAAGCAGUGCCAUUGAAAAGAACACAGGAGGUAAUGACAAGCUUCCAUCACUGCAACAAGGUUCAGAAAUUCAGCCUGAUUUGAGCUCGCACGCCAAUGUUCAAGACCAAGAGAGAAUUUCCGGCAAACUGGACAGCGAAUCCUCAUUUUCUGAACCACCAAACAGUUUUGUAGAGUUCAUGAGAGAGUGCUUGAAAUCGAGACAAGAUGAAGAACCCGAUGAAGGGCUUCAUUCUAUUUCUUCAGAGAAUGAGCUCAGCAAAGCUGUCUUGCCCUCCUCCCAAUCACCUCCAGGAGUUGUGAUGGAUCUUGAUCAAGAACGUAUCACCGCCGGUGCUCUCAACGAGCUGGGCAGCAAUCAUGAUGAGACGCCGCUAAACCUUCAGACAAAGCUUACAGAUCGGAGUGAAGUUGACGGCGGUGCUACAUCUGCACAGCCGUCGCCCUUCCCCUCGGUUCGUCCUUCUGCCUGCUCACAAAGUCGCAGUGAGUUCGACAACUCCUACUCCAAAGAAGUGGAGGCGGUUGAUGAAUGGAUGGCUGAAGCCUACUAUCUAGCAGAGCAUAUCUUGACAACAAUACUAACCCACUUAUCAGUAAAAGACCUGAUCCACUGGCGAGACCCCAAGAAGUCGGGCGUGGUGUUCGGACUGUCCUUGCUGAUGCUGCUGUCGUUGGCAGCGUUCAGUGUCAUCAGCGUGGCGUCUUACCUGCUGCUCGCUCUGCUCAUUGUCACCAUCUCCUUCCGCAUCUACAAGUCCGUUCUUCAGGCCGUGCAAAAGUCGAACGAUGGACACCCCUUCAAGAUGCUGAUAAAUAAGGAUGUCAGCAUCCCCCCAGAGACAUUCCGCAAGCACGUGGACGCCAGUUUGACCUACAUCAACCGAGGCCUGAAGCAGAUGAGCCGUCUCUUCCUGGUGGAGGAUCUCGUCGACUCCUUAAAGCUGGCGGUGGUCAUGUGGCUGCUGACCUACGUGGGAGCAGUUUUCAACGGAAUCACCCUCCUCAUCCUGGCGGACAUCUUGCUGUUUGCUGUGCCUCCCGUCUAUGAGAAGAACAAGACCCAGAUCGAUCAAUACAUCGAUGUUGUUCGGACUCAAGUCAAUGCGACAGUCGCAAAGUUGCAAGAGAAACUCCCCGGAGCCGUGAAACGAAGCAAAACAGAAUAAACGCACCGCAGACCUACAUCUCACAGUCAUCUCUACCUUCCCUCCACCCUCUCUGAGGUUACUUCAUCACCGCAUCCAACCUGACACCCCCCCCCCCCCAAAUCAGCGCUCAUCGCUCCACCACCCCGAACUUUGCUAGGUAGAAAUCUCAGACGCUUCUCGAUGUUCAACCUAAAACUAUUGACAGAGCUGUGGAUGUGAAGACAGCGGCCGGGAUCAUGUGACGCUGCUGCGGGUCCCGCCCCGGCGGGAUGGAGUCGGGGUCGAACUAGACCGAAUCUAUGGCCCGGUUUGGUGGAUCGCCCCAUGAAAUGACGUUAGAGGGGGAGGGGGGUGUCGGGCUCUGCUGUCACUAAUUGGCGUCUCUACGCUCUUUUAAGGCUUCUGAAAUAAAAGGUUUUGGACAGCGAGCCAGCGGUGAUGAUUGGGUCUAGUUCGUCCGCGUCUGUUGGUUUUCUGAUGUACAAACACUCGCCAAGUCAAAGGAGAGCCCCCUCCUUCCUCACCCAACCAUGUUCUGGACGGGUUUGACCCGCACAGUUGGCGUCCUGCAUUUAGAUGACGAAUUCUUAUAGCCAACGUUAUUUAUAGGUCUGCUGCUUCCACCCCCCCUUUAGCUCGAUAACAGCUUUUGUUGUAGUUCUGCUGUGUUCCGGAGCUUUCUCAGACUUUCAGACUUUCUAAAGUCUCACUGAUGUGCAAAACAGAGAAAUCACUGGAGUCCUUCGCUCUAAUGCAACGUCCUACAUGACUGACCAACAGUCUUUAAAGUGGUUAGAUCAUCAUUUGGCUGAAUAACUCCUGACUUCUACCUGGCAAAACCUUUAAACUUAUAGACAGUUCUGUAUAUUUUUGCACAGUUUACAAACAAAAAGCUCAGUAAGUUGAAAAGUACCUUUUAGAAACUAGUUUAUAAGUGAGGCUCAUUAGCUGGAGUGAGGUUUUAUUAUUUUGUUCUUAGAGGUUUUCUUGGUUGGCUGCCAUGAAGUGCAUGUCAUAGUAUAAGUUAACGAUGGUUUCACCCCUUCUAUAGGUUCUACGGUAUUCUCCACCUUGACUCUCGUUUAUUAGGAUUGCUUCUUUAAUCGUUGGAGUGGUAUUACUGCUUAAUCUUGUUGAACCGACCGUGUGCACAUGCAUGUCCCUGAACGCCGACGCCAGCUUCAGGAGUCCUUGUUGGGUCCUGCUGCGUCUCGCUGAGACCUCGUCUACAAAGCUAAAGCUGCAGCAGCUGACACGACGCGCCGCUCCUCCGUUAUUCAUGUGAAUGUGAAGAAGUGGUAGCUUGAAAAGGCGUCGAUGUCGGUCCUCUAGGACCCGUUGGCAGCUCGGUUCCUGUGGUUUGUGGGUCUAAACAGAUUCACGCGUCCAGGAGCCGCGUUCAUCCUCACCACGGUAAGAACCAACCUGCAGGGAUGCCAACACGUGAAGCGGUGCCUCAAAGCACCGUGGGAAAUGAAGUUCUGGUAGAGGAUCUCCUUUUUUUUAAUCAGAAAGUAGGAAUUUUCAGAACCUGCUGAGGUUUUUCUGGAGAAAUGGGGACAUUUUCCCCGAAGGCGUCGUCCUUUGAGCCAAUGUCCCAAACAGAGGGAAAACCGAACCCUCGUCACGGAUGGCGUCAGGCUCCUGGUCGUGUUCUGGAAGUUCUCGCCGUGUUUCUUUGGACUCGUCGUCGUCGGCCUGUGGGUGUUCUCGCACUGCAGCUUUGUUUUGCGUCCGCUGUGAUGGAUUUUAGUUUUUGGAGCCUUCAGAGAGAUGCUGCAGGAAGAUAAGUGAAACAUGUUUGUGGUCUCUGUUCUGAUGUCAAAGUGAAACGAAUAAAGAUCAUUCAAAGCUUUG